UUUUCGAACAAAACAAUAAUUUUAAAAUGUCGUCUUUCCAAAUUACACUGCUAUUUUUAACUAUUGGAAUUUGUUUGGUGUCUAGCCAAAACGGGAUCCCGACCAGCGAGGAAUCGAUUGACAAUCUAGUUUCAGCAGGGGUGUCUGAAAACGCUGCAGCUGGAAUUGUGAAAUUUGACAAAAAGUUCCAGGAACCAUUUGAAAUGGAGAAAACGGACCCAAAAGGAGCAAAACAGUUGGAACAAGUGUUGCAUAAGAAUUUCAAUGAAUACAUUGACAAUAUGAGCAUAGAUGAUCAAGCUGCAUAUCAAAACUUUAUCAAAAGCCAGCGCACAUAAUUGUUAAAUAUUUACAGUUGGAAUAAAUGUUAUUCAUAUGCUGUGAUGUUUGAUGUUCAGUACCGGGGGUGAAAGGCAACUUUGCCGAAUUUGCCGAAAUUGCCGAGCAAAUAUCAAAAAGUUGAUUUGCCGAAUUGGCAGCGUUCGAUUUUUUGAAUUUUCAGAAAAUAUAGGUUUUUCGAAAAUAAACAUUUCCAAAUUAUCGAUUUAUCAAAAAUUAAAGAAUGCAUUUUAUUGAUUUUUAGGUAAUAUAAAAUUUCAGCUUACCAAUUUUUCAGGAAGAUAAAAAGUAAAAAAAAA